UAUUUUUCAUUAAAAGAACAUCAAUAUGUUGCAGCAGUAUUAGCUCAUAUAUUAAUAGAGCCCAAAAUUAAUAAAUCUUGAAAUUAUGACCCAAUUAAAUUUAAUUUGACUUGAAGAAAAAUCUUUGCAUUGAAAUAAAUUUCAUCCCUUUCAAAAUAUAGCAGCAAUUGUUCAUCAUAAUAAAUUUUCAUUCUAUAAUACACACCAUUGACCUACAGCAGUCUCUCCUUGAUUGCCUACGCAUAAAUUCAUGUCUUCCACUUCAUUGGGCAAUAAGUAGCGGUCAAGAAUAAGAUGACAAUGAAAGUAUGGCGACAAAACAAAAAACUGUUUGUGAUAGAAAGUCAAGGCUGAUUGAAUUAUUCAAAAGCAUAAUUUUGAAUAAAUAAUUAGAAAAUUGCAUAAAUUAAUAAUCAAGGAUGUGAGGGAGCGAAAAGCAGUAGCGAGAUAGCUAUAAAAGGAUAUGCUGCGUGGAGGAAAAAUCAUCGAAAGUAUUAACGGCGUAGGAGGCAGAACAAAAUAUAGAGCUAAAAAUUUAAAAGUGUUUUUAGUAAUAUUAUUUGAGAAUGGCUUCUUAUCACAGUAGACGCACACAUGUCGGUUGGAUCACCAAGCUCAGCUUGUCGUUCAUUCUGGUGGUGGUUUUGCGGCAACAUGAAGCGCAGGGAAUCCCCUCCUUCAAUCAAAUCGUUGAUUGCGGUCCCCAAAAUGUAUAUCCAGAAAAUUGCAUGCAUGGCAGUUUCGAGUUAAACUUCAACACUGAAUUCUGUCUGCCACGCACACUCUGCUAUACCGGUGAGGGUGAGAUUUGCCGCAGAUAUGGCAAAACUAGCGAUUGCAAACCGGGCUUGUACUGCAACUGUGACCAGCGCUGUGGUAAAAAUUUGAUUAUCUGCUCAUCGCCACGGUUUAGUGGUUGGAAUAUGAAGAACAGGAUAAUGGAAUCAAAGAAUAGGUUUUAAGUAAAUUUUAUGCACAAAUUGGUUUAGACGGCUCAGCAGCAUCAUAUAUUCGCAUUCACCCUGUAAUUGUAGGUUAGUUAGUUAGUUUAUAGUGAAAAGAUAAUAUUAUUACAAUUUAAAAGCAUUUGAUAUGUAUAUAGUAAGCUACUAGAUCAAAUUAUUAAAAUAUUUAUAAAUUUUUUUUAAAUGUACGACACACCAAUAUUGUCAUUUCCAAUAUAAAUUUAAAUA